CUUUCAUUCACAUUUUAUACCAAAUUUCAUGCCUGGGAGCCUUCUUGCUCAUACAGUAGCUUUGGCUAUAGUGGCUCAACUUGUCAAUCACCUUGUACCUGAUUCGUACAUGGAUGAAAUCUUCCAUAUACCUCAAGCUCAACAAUAUUGUCAAGGUGAUUAUGUAACUUGGAACCCAAAGUUAACGACUCCUCCUGGUUUAUAUAUAAUUAGUCUUGGUUUGAAAGGUAUAGGUGAUAUCUUUCAUCUUCAAAACUUGUGUUCAAUUCAAGGAUUACGCGCUACCAAUUUGAUAUUUGCUUUUUUACUUUAUUUUGUCCUCAACUCUUUAUUAUUUCAACUCCAUCCUACUACAUCUUCUUUUCAUCGAUCUUUAUAUGCUCUUAUUCUAUCUUGGUUCCCUGUAUCCUUUUUUUAUUACUUUUUGUAUUAUACUGACACUGGUUCCACUCUGUUUGUUCUACUUUCGUACCUUUCUGUCAAGACCGAAAACUAUCUUUUGGCUGGCUUGAUGAGUGCUGUUGCUGUUGGUUUUCGUCAAACCAAUAUAGUGUGGACAUUCUUUUUUAUGGUUCUUUCUAUUAUUCAACUUGUACCGUCAACUACUAGCAACACACCUUCAACAUCAUUAUACAAUCCUAUAUACAGCAAUAUAGACUCAGUCUUCAAUAGUCUUUUCAAAUCGAUCCUCAGUCUCUUGUUAUUGACAUUGAAAAACAUAUUGUCGAUCGUACCACGUUUAUUGACAUUUUUGGCGACUUUGAUUGGUUUUUGUGCGUUCUUGGUCCAUAAUGGUGGCAUUGUAUUAGGUGAUAAAUCAAAUCAUCUGGCUGGUUUACAUUUCCCUCAACUAUUUUAUUAUAUUUCCUUCUCGUCCUUCUUUGGAGCUCCCUUCUUAUUAACAUGGUCUCGCGUAAUGUCAUGCAUCAAUAUCGUGAUCGGAUGGAAUACCAAAAGUUUCCUAUUUGGAUUAAGCUCUUUGACAAUCAUGGUUUAUUUGAUUCGACAUUAUACCUAUGAGCAUCCAUUCCUGCUUAGCGACAAUCGACAUUAUACCUUUUAUGUUUGGAAAAGAAUCUAUCGUCGUCAUUGGAUGGUGCGGUAUGCUUUGGUACCGUUUUAUGCCAUUUGUAUGAAAUUUAAGAUGAUGAUUUUAGGAUCUCAUGUGUCUUUAUUAUGGAUGUUGGGUUAUAUGAUGACUCUGUUGUUAACCUUGGUACCUUCUCCCUUGUUAGAAUUUAGAUAUUUUAUCCUUCCCUUUUUAUUCUUUAGUCUUCACCUUCCUCCACCUUCUACCCCACUAGCUAUUCUAUCCACUCUUGUAUUUUAUGUUUGUAUCAAUGUUGCUACAUUAUAUAUAUUUCUCUACCGUCCUUUUAUUUGGCCACAAAAUCCUGGUGAAUGGCAACGAUUCAUGUGGUAAUGAAUAAAACAUUCUUUUUAAUUGACUAUGGC